ACCAAGAUGAACUGUCAUGCCUCAUGUUAUUUCACCUCCUGUCCUCUGCUGAUAACUACUUUGAUUAUAUCCAAAGUACUCUCUUCACAGUUUUUAGAGAGAGAAAAGGAAAAAAAUCGUAGUUAAAAUAUGAAUCCUCUUAAACCAUCAUUCUGGGUUGUGUUUCAAGGAACUUGAUGCAACUGCUGUUACAAGUUUGGUUUGCAGUAAUUAUCUGCAGGAAUCGCCAUGACCCCAGCUCUGAGGGAAGCAGCAGCAAAGGGUAUCUGCUUUUCAUCUUUGCCAAGUACCAUGGAGUCUGACAAGAUCCUAUGCAUGGAAAGUGCGAGAACAAUAGAUGAAAAUCUAAAGGGAGACCCUUUCUCUCAGUUGCUGGGAUUUCCGACUCCUGAACCUACUCUUAACACUAAUUUUGUAAAUUUAAAACAUUUUGGCUCCCCUCAGCCUUCAAAACAUUAUCAGACAGUUCUUUUAAUGAGUUCUAAUUCUACUUUAAAUAAAUACAAUGAGAAUUACAAACAAAAGAAAUCAGGGGAGCCCAAGUGCAAUAAGCUGAAAAACAUACUGCGUAAUGGCAGCAACAUUCAGCUCAAUAAAAUGUGCCAUUCUCAUUCUGAAGAGUUUGUUAAAAAGGAGCCUCUAUCAGAUACAAGCCAGCUCAUGAAAGAUACACAAAUCAUUUUGGAUUCAAAUCUAACCAAAGAUACUAAUGUAGAUAAAGCACAACUGCAAAACUGUAAACAGUUCCAAAAGAAUGCACUUUUGGAUAAAGUUACUGAUGCUGACAUUAAAAAGGGUUUAUUGUACUGUGCUCAAAAGAAAAUUGGACCUGGCCUCUCAAAUGUGCGUAAUAGUUCCUCAGCUGCUGAGAAAGAGGAGGAAGUGAAUGCUCGUUUACUUCAUUGUGUAAGCAAACAGAAAAUUUUACUUAGCCAGGCUAGAAGAAUGCAGAAACAUUUGCAGAUGCUCCUGGCAAAGCAUGUUGUUAAGCACUAUGGUCAGCAAAUGAAAUUUUCUAUGAAACAUCAGCUGCCCAAAAUGAAGAGUUUUCAUGAACCUGGCACAAUUUUGGAUAACAGUUUACCUAAGUGCACUGGAAUUAAGCCAGAAGUCAACAUAUUGACUGCAGAGAAUAAAUUGUGGGAUGAUGCACAAAAUGGCUUUACUCGGUGUAUGGCUGCAGAAAUCCAGAGAGUUGCACUAUCUGCUACAGGGCUGUUGUCUCAUAUUGAAGAGGGUCUGGAUUCUGAUGCAACUGAUAGCAGCUCUGAUGACGAGUUGGAUGAAUAUACCAUUAGAAAAAAUGUGUCAGUUAACCGUAGUACUGAAUGGAAGUGGCUUGUAGACAGAGCAAGAGUUGGCAGCCGAUGGACCUGGCUUCAAGCCCAGAUUUCAGAGCUAGAAUACAAAAUCCAACAACUAACAGAUGUUCAUAGGCAGAUUCGUGCCUCCAAGGGGAUGGUGAUCCUAGAAGAAUGUCAGCUUCCAAAAGAUAUUUUGAAAAAACAAAUACAGUUUGAAGACCAAGCACCUUCAUUAAAUACUACAGAGAAUCUUCAGGUUCCCCAAAGGAGUCCAGAGCCUUUACCAGAACAAGAUUUUGAAAUGUCACCAAGCAGCCCUACACUACUUCUUCGAAACAUAGAAAAACAGAGUGCACAGUUGACUGAGAUCAUCAACAGUUUGAUUGCACCUCUCAACUUAUCUCCAACUUCAUCGCCCCUCUCCUCCAAAUCCUGCAGCCAUAAAUGUUUCACUAAUACCAUUUCCAGAAGUUCUUCGGAAAAUUUAGAGGAAUUCUCUUCCUCCACUAGCUGGUUACUUAAUCAGAAGCACAGUAAGAAGAGGAAAAAAGACAGGAUAAGAUUGACUAUCAUGACCACAGCAGCCCGAACAAGACCACUUCAGAGUUUCCAAAAACGAAAACUCUAUAGAUUGAGCCCCACUUUUUAUUGGACUCCUCAGAUUAUGCAUUCAAAAGACACAUCAUUUUCAAAUCCUAUACAAUUGCCUUGCCUGCAGUCAGCUCCAACUGAUAUUAACUAUGAACACAAUUGCAAGUCUCAGAUAUUAACAGAACCUGUUGCAGAGUUAGAUUCCUCUUUCCAUUCUGUCCUAUCAUUGCCAUCAGAUGUGCCUCUUCAUUUUCACCUGGAAACAUUAUUUAAAAACAAUGAAAUCAGAGGAGAUCUUGCUGCAAAUCAAAUUGUAGGCAACUGUAUCUUACCACCAUCACCUGCUCAGAGUACUUCUUCCAGUCAAUGGAGAAAUGGAUAUUCACCUAUGUGUAAACCUCAGAUAAGGUCAGAAUCUUCUAUACAACUGUUACAGGGAAGAAAGAAAAGACAUUUGAGCGAAACAGCAGUAGGAGAAAGGGAUAGAUUUGAGGAAUUUGCUUUCCAACACACAGAACCAGGAUCCCAUUGCAAUUUUACUGCUGUCUCUAAUUUCAAUGUUAUAGGAAGAACCCAGAAUUCAUCAUCACAAAGUACUGCCCGGCGGAGAUUAAGAAGUGAAAGUUCUUAUGACAUAGAUAACAUUGUGAUUCCUAUGUCAUUAGUAGCCCCAGCUAAGUUAGAAAAGCUCCAAUAUAAGGAAAUACUGACUCCAAGCUGGAAGAUGGCUGUUCUUCAGCCUUUGGAUGAAUGUAACUUAGGUGAAGAGGUAGAAGAUCUUUCUGAUGAAGUCUUUUCUCUAAGGCACAAAAAAUAUGAGGAGAGAGAGCAAGCCAGGUGGUCACUAUGGGAACAAAGCAAGUGGCAUAGAAGAAACAGCAGAGCUUACAGUAAAAAUGCUGAAGGUCAGGAGAUGCUUCUGAAAGAAUCCCCGGAUGACUUCAGUGGCAGUCAGCACUGCACUGCUCCAAGUCCCCCUGAGCUGCCUGCAGCACAUCGUGACCUAUGUGCACAUGGCUCACCCUUUUCAAAUGAAAGCCAAGAGAUCAAGUCUUUGUGGUGGGAACGACGGGCUUUUCCGCUGAAGGAUGAAGACACAGCAGCCUUGUCAUGCCAAGAUGAAGGAAAGGAGGAGCCCGAGAGGCCAAGCGCAGCCUUCCAUGGUGAAGUCUUAGGUACCAGUGCAUCAGAGAACAGACACCAUCCAAAAAACCAGUUAGAUGGAGUGGAAGAAUAUAAAGCCUUAGGUCUAGGACUUACAAAUGUUAAAAAAAAUAGGUGACAGGGAACAAGUUAAGGAACUAGGUAAAUGAAAAAAGAUAGGAGAAAAACAAGCCAUGUUUUGGACCUUCCACAUCUUUGCGUCCCAAUUCCAGGAUAAGAGAAUGGACUGCAUGUAUUCAUCUUUUAUGCUGCCUAUGAAACAGACAAGAUAAGCCUCUUUUUCCUUCUUGAAGUGCAGAAGUAGCUAGCUUUUCACCUAUACACAAAUGUUCAUCAAUGUUCAUACAAAUUACAAGCACCGAUAUAUUAACUGUUGUAAUGUGACAUCCAAUCACAUUACCAUGUAAUUUUUAACACACCACACACCCACACAAACCCCUGCAUCAAAUGAUUCUUUUUUCUAUUCCUAUGACAAGUCACUGAAAUUCCCUUAGAAAUAUACUGGAAUGUAUACAUGUAUAUACAAUAUAUACACACACAUGCACACAAGCAUAGUUUUAAAACUGCACUGGCAAUGACCCACUCCACUUGAGAAUGCAUGCUUGGACUACCCUACAAAAUGUCAGCUGUAAUACAAAGCACGAGUCUCCACUGAGGAGACACCUAUGAGUUUGACUAUGGAGAGGGAGUAGUUUUGGAUUUGUUUUUAACAUGUUUAGAAAAGAGUCAUUUAGGGAAAUUCUUCUGUCAGGAAACACAGUUCUCAUUUAUUCAAAUGCUGGUUUCUGCUAGGCUAACCACAGGGAUUGUUUACUUCUAACAGAGUGAAGACAAGCAAACUGGAGUUAAUUAUCAGUGCAAUUUUAAACAAUUACAUCUUUGAAAACUCAACUUGUUUUGCCUAUAUUAUUUUAUAUUAUCUCAUGAAGAAAAAUCAACUUAAAAAUGUGGAACAAACAGGAAAAGUCCUUCAUUGUACUGUUUUUUAAAGUGGUUGUAAUUCUAGCCAGUUUGGUCCUUCAUUGCCAUAAUUAUUCAAAUAAAAAUCUAUUCUUAGUUGCAUCCCAGAUUGAG